ACCACCACUAUAAAAGUAUAACCCAACCACUAUAAAAGUAUAACCCAACCAUCACAUAUGGUUCAGUUAAGUAGGACAACGACAAGAUGGAGUAUACGAUGAUCCUCAUCUCUCUCUCCAUUUUCACCUUCUUUUAUUUCUUUUUUAUCCAAUCCGGCCGUCGAAGGUCCGGUGUUGCCACGCGUCUGCCGCCCGGCCCAUACCCACUUCCGAUCAUCGGAAGCAUCUUCAAACUCGGAGACAAACCGCACCACUCCCUUGCCGCCUUCUCCAAAACUUAUGGACCUUUAAUGUCUCUUAAGCUCGGUAACACCACCAUGAUCGUCGUUUCCUCUCGCGAAAUCGCGCAAGAAUUCUUUUCGAAACACGACUUUUCUUUCUCCAGCAGAUCCAUCCCAUAUGCCGCUUACGCUUUARACCGCCAUAAAUCUUCCAUGGUUUGGUUGCCGGUUGGGGAUCAAUGGCGAUUGCUACGAAGAAUAUCCAUAGAACAUUUGUUCUCGGUGCGCCAACUAGACGCUAGCCAGCUCCUACGCAAGAAAAAGGUUCAACAAUUUCUUGAUCACGUUCAUGGCUGCUGCAAUAGCAGCAGAGCGAUCAACAUCGGUCAAACCGCAGCCACAACGACUCUUAACGUUCUUUCCAACUUCAUCUUCUCGAUUGAUUUAGHUGAAUAUGAUUCGGUUUCAUCUCAAGAUUUUAAGGAUCUGGUAUGGCGUUUUAUGGAAGUUGGUGGAAAAUCGAAUCUAGCUGAUUUCUUUCCUGUUCUUCGUCCGCUGGAUCCACAGGGCCUGCUACGAAAGGCCAAUCUGUAUUCUUCAAAGCUAAUGGAGAUAUUCGAAAGACAUAUCAGCAAACGGUUGCAAGAAAGAAGGAAUAGUCCAUAUGAUGCCCCUCCAUCAGGCAAAGAUCUUAUGGAUUUGCUGUUGGACAUCAGCGAAAACGAGAAAGCCUCGAUUAAUAUCGAUGACAUACGUAACUUGAUAUUCGACUUAUUUAUUGCAGGAACCGAUACGACAUCAAGCACGUUGGAAUGGGCAAUGGCGGAGCUAAUAAACAACCCCGAGAAAAUGUCGAAAGCUCGAUCUGAACUUGAGAAAGUAAUCGGAAAGGAAGACCGAACCUUUCAAGAAUCCGACAUCCCUAGGCUCCCAUACUUGCAAGCUAUUGUCAAAGAAACUCUUCGGCUACACCCUCCAGUCCCGUUUCUAGUCCCGCAUAAAGCCAUAACUGACGUUGACAUCUGUGGCUACGUCAUCCCAAAAGAUGCACAGAUCAUCUGCAACUUGUGGGCGAUGGGUCAGGACUCAAACGUAUGGUCAAAUGCACAACAGUUUGAGCCAGAGCGGUUUCUUGAAGUGGGUAUCGACUACAAAGGUCGUGAUUUCGAACUGAUACCGUUUGGUGCAGGGAGGAGGAUGUGUCCAGGAUGGCCUCUUGCACACAGAAUGCUGCAUUUGAUGUUGGGAUCUUUGAUUUACAAGUUUGAUUGGAAGGCUGAAGAAGGAAGGAUGGAUAUGAGUGAUAAGUUUGGAUUCACAUUGCAUAAGAAGCUGCCUCUAAUGGCCAUUCCAAUCAAACUUUGACUUUUGCAAUUAAUGCUUGGCGUAUUUUUUUAAUAAUACACAUGCUUAUCUUUU